UUUGCUGUCUCCUACCCUGGCUCUCUUCCUUUCCAUACAGGCCCAUUAUUCAUGCUUGCAUUUGCUCUUUGUUUAUUAAAAUUCCCCAGCUCUUCGUUUUAAAAAUGUCAUUGGGAUAUAUUUCCAAUAGAGUGGCUCUCUCAACUCUGAGUUUCCCUGGUUCUUCCCAAGUCUGCACAAACAAGAAAAGUUGGGUGAAGGGAGGAUGGAGGCUCCCAGCUUGUCUGUUCUGCAAAGGUCUGGAGAUGAGGAAAAGUACCCAGAUGCCGUGUACCUCUCGGAGGGGCCCUCCUCCUGCUCCAUGGGGAUCCGCAGUGCCAGCCGGCCAGGGUUUGAAUUAGUCAUUGUUUGGAGGAUACAAAUAGAUGAAGAUGGGAAGGUUUUUCCAAAGCUGGAUCUUCUCACCAAAGUCCCACAGCGAGCCCUGGAGCUGGACAAGAACAGAGCCAUAGAAGCCGCUCCUCUCAGCUUCCGAACCCUGCUCGGAGUGCUUGGAAUCGAAGCUGCUCUGGAAAGCUUGAUAAAAUCGCUUUGUGCAGAGGAGAACAACUAGUUCUAAAACAGUGAACGGGAGGGUUAAGAUGCUGCGCGGAGGAGCAUGCAAUUUUAUUGAAUAUAAACAUUUGCUCUUUUCCACUUAGAACCACACCCUGAAGACAUGCUGUCUAUGCAGUUAUGGCACAUUAUAUGGAAACUCUCAUGACAUGAAAAAUAAAUACAGCUAGUUAAGUAUAAAAUGCCAAAUAAAAGUGACAUGUACAAUGUGGUUUAUAAAAAUAAGCUUAACAUCUGAGAGAAUGUACCAAGUGGUCGUGUGUCCUCAGAUGUGUGGGGAGGACCCAUCCCCCCACCCACCGUGGCCUCACACCGAGUCCACCUUGGACAUGGCGGCCACAUUGCUCAGCUGGGAGAAGCCACCCUUAUCCUGGUUCCUGCCUCCUGGGGGCUCUGGAGAUGGAUGCCUGUGGCACCUCAUUUUUAAACUGUCCUUAGCAGCCCAGGGGAGCCACGCCCACGCUCCCUUCCUCCCCCAGGUCCGCACAGUGGCACUGAGAGGCAGUCUCGGCAAGUCCUCACACUGUUCUUGGUCUUCCACAAGAAAGUGGAGCUGUCAGCUUAGUAACAAGAAUGGCCUAAGACAGCAAAGACAACACUGUUCCUGGGCCAGGGCGUGAGGAAUGAGGUCCUGUAUGAAAGACCCCCCUGCAGAGCCCAAGUGCUACACUGAUCGUCCCGGAUGUGCCGUAAAAACCGUGACCUCAUCAGUCGCCCAUUUAGCAUUGUUAGGAUCUGUGAACACGUGUUGUCUCAAACCAAUCAGGGCUGCCAUGACUACACAGCAGCAGCAGUUUCCAGAACGUGCCAGCAACGCAUCCACAGCAGUGGCACCCACUGCUCAGGGGCUCCUCACAGCCCGGGCUGGUGGGAGCCAAGACCAGACAGAGUGGGGGUCCACCUGUUUUCUCUUCUCCCUCAAAUACAGGCUGUUUUCACUGUGUCUAGUCCAGCCCUGUCUGGGCCCUGUGCUAGGCAAUAACUCUUGCAGCCCUGAAGGACCUCAGGAGCCCAGCCCACCUUCCCAUGGACUGGGGUUCCCUCUCAUGUGCACUUGAACCCAGGACCCAGCAUCCUCCACACACCGUGACACUGGGCAAAAUCAUCCCAAACGAGGCUGCCCCAGCCCCAGCCCCAGCCCAGCAACAGUGAACUCCCUUGGGUCAAGACAGUACUCACGGCCACUCCCUCCACACUUCCCAGAGCCUGUGGCCCGUCUGUGAGCUCCAUGCACUUCACUUAGGUGAGUCACCAAAGCCCCCAUCCCGACACACAGGACCCAUGUGUAUGAGACGGUGUCAUUCAAAGUGAGAAGCAAACAGUAAAAGUGUCCAGUUGUGUAAGUAUCGUUUUGCACCUCUGAGUGUAGAAUUAGAAGUAAAUAUGACAGAAUUGAACAAUAAAUUCUAGAAGAGUUGCCUUGAUUCAAACAAGUAUAAUUCUCAAGUUAUCACAAAAUUUCCCACAAAAAUUUACAAUC